CAAAAACUUGUUAACGUCGAUAUUCCGUUGGGUACAUUUCGAAGUCGAGAAAAUGGUAUCUCUAUAUUCGUUGAUUAAAUUGCUCGUUGUCGCCAUGUCAGGUGAAAUUCAUAAUCACGUUGAAGAUUUGCCUUUUCCUAAUAAAACCAACAAUAAUAAUAACGCCGAUGAAAAGAAGACCGAUGAAUCAGAGGAUUCUAAUGAUAGCUUGCAGGGUUUGAGCUGUGAAAUUUGCAGGGUUAAAGUCACCAGUGCGAAGAUAUUUCAAAGGCAUUUAGAAGGAAGGAAGCACAAAUUGCGAGUCGAAAGGCAAGGAAAGCAGUUCAAAUGCGAUUUAUGCGAUAUAAUAGCGAAUAGCGAAAUUCAACUGGAAAUUCAUCUGAGAAGUGCGAAACACAAGGCUAGACAGCACAGAAAGGAAAAUCCCCGCUGGGCCAUUUUUCAUUUUCUCUCGUCGAAAAUAUCUCUACUUAUAUUUGUAACGUUUGUAUGUAUACUUUUAAAUUUAUUUCUACUAUUCAAAUCUUUUUUCUAAUAUUUUAAUUCUACUUAAACUUUGUGAAGCGGAUAUGUGAUCGAAAUGGGCUGAAUUAUUUUCCUACGAUUAUUUUAUUUAAGUUCCAUAAAAUAAAUUGUUAUUCUAUUUAAAUAUUUAAUAUACAAUUUAUGAGUUCUUAUUAACUCGGCCAAUAUUGUUGAGAUCGAAUGCAAUCAAAUUAAUGUAAAUUCGAUACAUCAUUUGUAACGAAUGAACUAAAAUAUUAUUCAAGUUAUUCGUAUCGUUCUAAAUUAUUUUAUAAAUGGCAUUAGUCGUGAUUAUAAAAUUUAAUUUACAGAUAUGUAUAACAAAAAUU